AUGGCCCAAGCCUAUUGGCUUUUGUCUCGAAUUUUGAUUUGGACUGUGACGUGUUUCGUACUAAUUCGUGCAGACGCUGUAGACCAGAGAGAGAAGAUUUAUGACGCAGAGACUGGGCAGUAUUUUCCUAUAUCCGAGCUGUCCAAACGGGUUGACCCGCAGUUUGUCUUGCCAGAUCCGGACCCGGUUGAAUUCCCCCCGGAAUAUUUGGCCGAGUUGUUGACUCAUUGCGAUGAUCCCAUUCCUGGAGCAUGGGAAUUUUUACAGAAGACUUGGAUUGCGUUUCGUGAAUUCGGAUUGAAUUGGUCUCGCUAUCCAGUCUCGAAGGCAGUUUUAUCUCGUAUUCUCAUGGCUGUUCGACCAAUACAGUUGUUACACGCUUUCAUUGUGGCUGUUGUGCUCAGUGUUGCCCGGUACAUGUUACAAUACUGUCUUCUCGAGUAUGCGAAACAGCGCCUUGGAAUUACGACACGGAACGCCCAAAGAUUUUUUGAAUCCAGUUGGAAAGCUUUCUGGUAUCUCAUCAUGUGGUUGUGCACAUUCCACGCCCUGAUCCUUAAAGGUCGUACCGACUUCCAGUUACAUCGUAUUGGCGCCUUGGUCGUCCUUUUGCAUGACUUAAACGAUGUUUUUCUCGAACUAGCCAAAGUCAAUGUAUACUUGCGCAUGCGCAAGUAUACAUACCGUAUGUUCAAUGUGGCUCUGUCCAACCUGUUUUUCGUGCUGUUCGCCACAUCCUGGUAA